GGGCUUCUCCCUCAGAUCUGCGCUGCCUCCGCUGCUAUUCCGUUACAGUGGGGCAAAAUGGCGGCUGUCAUUCAGAAUCCUCUAAACGCGCUGGGCGACCAGUUUUACCGAGAAGCCAUCGAGCACUGUCGCAGUUACAACGCCCGCCUGUGUGCCGAGCGCAGCGUCCGCCUGCCCUUCCUCGACUCGCAAACCGGCGUCGCCCAGAACAACUGCUACAUCUGGAUGGAGCGCCAUCACCGUGGACCAGGUUUGGCAGCUGGCCAGAUGUAUACAUACCCUGCCCGCUGCUGGAGAAAGAAGAGGAGGUUACACACUUCGAUGGAUUCAAGUCUUCACCUCUACGGUCUAAAUAUAGAUAAUGGCCUGACAGCUAAAGAUACUUUGCCUACCCCAAGCACCACGCUGGAGGCUUUGCUGAGAGGCGACGGUUUGGACAAGCGGAACGGCACCAGAGAAGAGGACCUGCUGGAGAUUCAAAGAGUUUUGGAGGCUGACGCCAAUGAAGAUGGUUACCAUGACGAUGAAGACUUUGAUGUGGACAUACCAAAAAGGAAACACCGGGGAAAAGGCAGAGGCCGAGGCUCAGGACGCCGGAGGACGGACCACGAUGACCAUGAUAAGCCAUAUAUCUGUGAAAACAGAUACAAACAAAAGCAUAACUCAAAAACUGCAGCUUCAGUCUGUGGGAAACGCUACAGGAAUCGCACUGGCUUAAGCUAUCACUACGGCCAUAGCCACAUUGCCGAUAAGGAGGGACCUCAAGCCAGAGACCAAGAGCCUUCACAGUCUCCAGCCAUGAACCAUCGUCCUUACAGUCGCAAGCACCAGAAGAGUCCAGAUGAAGCUCAUACACUGAACAAUUUCUGCAAAGUCUGUCAAGUGCAUUCGGACUUCAAAUUGAAAGAUGGCAAAUGCUCCAAGUGUUCCCGCUUAAGUGGACACUGUAAAGCAAAAGAGGAAAAGCCUUUCGCGGGAGCGGAGGAGCUGUUCGGUGCCAGCUCUGAGAGCGACACUUCUACAUUUCAUGGCUUUGAGGAGGAUGAGCUGGAAGAGGCCGUGUCUAACAGCGGAAAGGUCUCUCCGAAGGGAAGAUAGAGAACAGUUUCAGAGACGUGUCGUUCUUUCUAAUACAGCGCACCCCCUGCAAAAAUUCUGCUGCUUCUUUUAAAAGGAUUUUGUUUGGUUGUUUUUGUUUUUUUCACCUUUCCCAAUUUAUUGGAAGCACAAUUCAUUUUAUUAGAUUAGGUGAUGUAUAAAAGAUUUAUCUUCCUUUUAAUGAGUUGUAGAUCAUUAUUAUUAUUAUUAUUAUUAUUAUUUAUACGUUAAGAGCAAAUUUUGGAAGAGACUGUUUUUAUUUUUGUUUGCUUAGAAUUUUUAUUUUAAGGAACCUUUCUAUUUUUUUUUUCCCUUAAAGGGAAUUGAUGGUAUAUUAUUAAGGCCACAAUGGACAGAGAUUAUUAGAAAUGUAUUUCUUGAAUCAUUUUCCAAGACUGAAGACAAAAAUAAUAACUUUAAGAAGACCUUGCCUCUGUUAAGGAGUACAAGUCAGUGAAGAGAAGACGUGAACUUCAAAACGAACUGGUAGUUUUUUUUUCCUCAUGUCACUGGAAUGGGGAUACAACCCGAGAUCUCCUCAAUAAGUCAACUGGGUACUUAGUAUUCUGUACUGUGACUACGCCAAAAUGGAGUUGGGACAGCUUUUAAAGAGAGGAGUUGCAGAUGUAUCAUCUCUCAUCCUGCUUUGGAGAUAGAGGAGCUCUUGUGAAGAAGAGGUUAUCUGAAUCAACUGCAUACAUGUGGAAGACUUUGGCUAUGGAAAGCAAAGAGAGGAGCUGUAAUGAAAGAGGAAGGAGAGAUGAGCUACACUUGGAAAUGAAAUGUAUUUCCAGUCUUAAUCUGCCUCUCAAGUUUUUUUUUUCCUUUCUUUCUGAAUGUCUGAGCCAGUAAAGCUGAGGAAGCUUUUGCACAGCCAGACAAACACCAGACUCACACUCACGGACAAGUAUUGAAUUUUUUUGGCCUAUUUUUUUUUUUUCUGCUGCUGCUCCCCUCAUGUUGAUCUUCAGCCUGAAUCCGAGACUGUGAUCAGAGCCAUGUGAAACUCUUCCUUCACUCUCUGUACUGCAAGUGUCUCAGACUGUCUUAGGAGCGAUUCCUGUUCUAGCUUUACCGUGUCACUUGGGAAGGUUACAAAACUCAAGGACUGUACUUUUAAUAUGAAUUCUACAGUUUUAUUCAGGUUCUUUAAAGGUCAUUGUCUGAUUUUUCUUUUUUUUUUUUUUUUUUUUUUUUUUUUUUAUUAUAAAGCAUAACCAUACAGUACAGUGUGGUCUGUGAGUUGUCGUGUUCACACAUUCGAAGAAACACGAGACGUUCUUGUUAUAUGUGAAAGCACAAAGCCGUCCUGCGAGCUUUACAACGUUGCUCUAAAUUUGACUUGAUUGGUUGGGUAACCUUGGUUGCUCUAACUGCUGUGUUUUCAUUUCCACCACUAUUGUGCACGCUUAUAGCAUCAGGUCACGCAGCGAAAUUUUUCUUCUUCUCGCAAAUGUGUGAACAUGAUGGAGAAGCAGAAUGAGAACAUGUCACUUUCUUUCUACGGCCCUGGUGCACAAAAUUUCUAUUUCUAAGUGAAUCGUGUUGUUGUGUGUAACCCAGUCUCUCAGGGGAAGAUGAUCCUGACAGCCAUAUAUAUAUAUAUAUAUAUAUAUAUAUAUAUAUAUAUAUAUAUAUAUAUAUAUAUAUAAAUAUAUAUAAAACACACCACUAUAGAAUCCUCCAAAUGUGGAUCUUUUGCAAGUGCAGUUUCGAAACCUACUCGAGAAAUGUUUUGUUUCUACUGAUUUCACUUUUCUUACUGGAAAUAUUCUUUACAGGUUUUUUUACACUUCAAUAUCUGCUCAGGCCUUUUGUUUUAGUUUUUUUUCUCCUCGUAAUGUAGGUCCUCUAAUUCCAUGCCGGUGCUGUAUACUGUAUAAGGCUUCAUUAUGCAUUAGACUGAACCCGAACAAGAUCAAGCGAAUUUGUGGGGUUUGACACUGAGGAUUCAGCUGGAGACUAUGACCCAGCAGUAACACCUUCCACUUGAUGGAACCAGCACUGAGGAAAACCAGUUACAGGACUGUUAAUCUCUCAGCUAUGGGUUACUAAUGGUUAAAGAUCGUUCAUGUAUUUCCUAUUCGAAUAUUGUUCCAGGCAUCAAAAUCGGAAAAGAGGCCGCAUCUAAAACAUAAUAAAACUAGGAUUAUUUUCUUAUAACUGCACACACUAUAUAGCGUGUUAUUCCUGUCAUACCACAAUUGCCAAGGAUUACAAUUUACAAAGUACAUGCUACAAAUCAUUCAUAAAACAAGUUAGUUUCUGUUUUCACAUAGCAACCAUACUUGCUCCCUCAUCAUUCAUUUAUUUUUUUCUGUAUCGAAGCCAAUAAGACAAAAAUAAUUGUCUGACAUAAUGACUGUCCUGUGGCAGAAAACAUGCUGACCACUAGAAAAAAAAUACGCUAUCAAGCAAUAUUAACCCUUUACGUGUUAUUUGAAAACCUCGUAAUGAAAUCGUCCCUGAACCAAAAAUGUUUGUUAAUAGUAACCCAUAUUUUUCAUUAUUAUUUGAAAUGUCCCCUAAAUUCUUUUUCGAGAAUUCAACGUCGACGUGGUAUAAAAAAAAAAAAAACUAAACAAAACGUUAACAGCGUACGUGACGCAACGCUGCGAACAUUUCGGCUGCCAUCACAUGGCCAUGCAUCGAUUACUUUUCAUAGGAUCGAGUCUUCCUGAUGACUAUCGGAGGGAAAGAAUGAAAAGUUUUAUUAUGGUUUAUUUGUUAUUUUGGAUAAUGUCUUACUUUUCUUUCCCUGUAUAUGUUCAUGAAUGAUAUAAUUGGGUAGUGCACUCAAGGAGCUCUAUGAAAAGCUGUGUGGAUUGCAAGAGUGUGUAUGAAUUAUUAUGUAAUAUAUUUUUUCUCUGUUGUUUUACUCCUUCUCACUAAUACUUACCAUCGCCCAGAUUUCCUGUUUUGUCCAAAAACGGCCCAUAUUUAAUCAGGUAUCGCUGCGAUUGUCUUUUUCGGGUCGCGCAACCCAUAAAGAUGGAAAUGCACCUUUUUUGUAUUCGGAAAAUAUUCCCCCUUAGAAUAAAGUGUAAAAGGUGCGGAGCUAAACCAUGGUGAAAAUGUUGGCACUCCAGGGUACGUGUUUAUUUAAGAAUACGACGUUAUGGCACAUAGGAUUUUUACAUUCGAUGUGAAGAACGCUCCGCCUACAUGUAGGCCAGAAGACUGUGAGUGCCAUUUCUCAUUUAUUUCUCACAUAUCUAUACCCUUCGAAUAUGAUUUAAAUAGAGUCCACUUCUAUAUGCGGUUGGCGUAUUGGGCAUAAUGCUGUGAUGUAAACUUCUUUUAAAUGCUUUUGUUUUUCCUUUUGAGAUUUUAUUUAUGUUCAUGCAAAUAUCUUGUUGGCUUUGUCUACUGCACAUCUGACUAUUACAGGCCCGCAAUGUUAUUUGUGGUCCGAGCUUUUACACCUGCAGUUAUGAAGGUUACCGCGUGAUACACAGAACGAGAGAAGCGUGUAUGUGGCGGCUUACGCGACAACACGGACUGGCGUGCAAACGAGCACACGUAAUAGCAGACACACUCAACAAAUCCCCUCAGGGACUAUACCCGCACACUCAACAAGAGCAUGAGGACGGUUCUCUGGAAUACGAAACCUUAUUGUUUUUGUCCGUCUGAUUUCUUCACUCAUAUCUCCAGAUUUUGAGGACUGGUGUAAGCAUUUGCUGAUCUUCCAGGCAGUAGAUCUUGUGCACUAUGUUUUUAUUUUUUUUAAUUUUAAUUGUUUUAUUUGUUUGUUUUUUGGAACAACUAUUGCGCCUCCUAAGGGGUAUAAGAUUGCUUACAAUGAACAUGAUGAAAUUAAGCAACUGCUCUGUCUAACAUUUUCUGCUAAUAAGUUUGUAGACACUUCUGUACCUCAGAAAAAAAAAAAGUCAAUGAGCAAUAGGUGUGAGUUUUUUUUCUGCAUUCCUGGGGUUGGAAAAAGAGCCAAUUUGAGGUGAAGGAGUUGAACUGAUUAUUUUGUCUGCAUCUGUACAUAAUAUAAUCCAAAUGAAGUCUUUGUUAGUUGUUAUUUUUAUUGUGACAAAAGGAAUUAAAGAACAAAUUAGAGGUG